CGAACUCUGGCGCCGUGGGAACGCGGUCGGCCAGGAGUUUUUGCGGCGUUCGGAACUGAAGCGCUUCGGUUAGGUUCAGAACGGCAACCCAACGCGGGGGAAGAAGAAAAAUGGUCGGAAAGGAAGGACUUGCUGGAAAGAAUCAAGACGAGGGCGCCCGCUAGAGCGGCGGCGAGAUCCGGGUGGGCUGGGGAAAGCGAAAGCGAGUCUUCACGGAGGCCUCUGCUGGGAGCCCCGCGCCUCUCCGCCUUGGCUCUCCAGGGGCGCAGGCGCGUCGUCGGGCCAAGAGGCAGCGGCGGAGAUGGAGAGCUCGGCGGAGAUCCCUUUCCGUAAUGCCGCCGCCGCUUUCCGGAGAGCGGAGGAGGAGGAGGAGGAGGAGAUGCCUUGAUGAAUAUUCAGGAAUGCAUCUUUACACCGAGAAGCCCACACCCUCCUUCGCUGAUCCCCUCGCAGCCGGGCUCUGCCCCCGUUGGCCGCGCAGGAACGCCUGGCCAUUCGUGCUCGCCGGCUAGGGGCUCGGGGGAAUGACCUGAAGGGCAGGAUCCCGGGCAAGCGGCGGACGCCUCCUUCGCGCGCGCAGCUUUGUUCCACCAAUGAACACAUCUGGAUUUCUCGAGAUGAAAGAUGACCUGAAAAAAUAGCAACAUGAAAUCCUCCAGCCUGCCAGGGGAAGUUGCCUGAGGAGAAGGACCCGUGGUCUGCAGCCAGCUGUGCUCCUGGACAGCAACUUAAUAUGGCUCACUCUGGCAUCUGGAACAGCCUCAAGUCUGUGCUGAAAAAGAAAGACGACUCCUUGUUCUUGAACGACUGCAGUGCCUUUGAUUUUUCUGAUGAGGUUGGCGAGGAGGACUUCCCCAGGUUGAACAAACUGCGAGAUGUCGUUUCUGAUGACCCAGCUGAUGCUUCUGCCAACGGGGCUCAUGUGGGACCUCAGUCUGAUGACGAGUCCUUGCUGGACAGGGACAUGGCUCUGCGGAGCGCCCAGACUGGACCUGGUACUAUAGACCCUUGCAACAAUUGCAGCAAACAAAGGGAACUGUUGAAGCAGCGGAGGGUGAAGAGGCGCCUGGUCCUGGCAGCAGCGCUGUAUCUCCUCUUUAUGACAGGGGAGCUUGUAGGUGGAUACAUCGCCAAUAGUCUAGCAAUCAUGACUGAUGCGCUUCAUAUGUUAACUGACCUCAGUGGCAUUAUUUUGACCCUGCUUGCUUUGUGGCUGUCUGCAAAAUCACCCACAAAAAAGUUCACCUUUGGAUUCCAUCGCUUAGAGGUUUUGUCUGCCAUGUUCAGUGUCUUGCUGAUCUAUAUCCUUAUGGUUUUCCUCUUGUAUGAAGCUGUUCAAAGAACCAUCCACAUGGGCUAUGAAAUCAAUGGAGAUGUCAUGCUGAUUACAGCAGCUGUUGGUGUGGCAGUAAACCUCAUAAUGGGCUUUCUGCUGAACCAGUCAGGCCACCUUCACUCCCAUUCGCACGCCCCUCCCUGUGUUCCUCCAGCCACCUCCUCCACUGCAGCAUCUGGGCACAGUCAUGGCCACAGCAGCCUGGCAGUGAGAGCUGCAUUUGUGCAUGCCCUCGGAGACUUGGUGCAGAGUAUUGGCGUGCUGGUCGCUGCAUACAUAAUCCGUUUCAAGCCAGAAUACAAGAUUGCUGAUCCUAUCUGCACAUAUGUAUUCUCAGUUCUUGUGGCUUUCACAACAUUUCGGAUCAUACGGGACACUGGCAUAAUUGUACUUGAAGGCGUUCCAAGGCAUUUGAAUGUGGAGCUCAUUAAAGAAGAGUUAAUGAAAAUUGAAGAUGUGUUUUCAGUGGAAAACCUGAAUGUUUGGUCACUAACUUCAGGAAAAACAAUUGCCAUAGUCCACUUGCAAUUAGUUCCUGGUAGCUCAUCAAAAUGGGAGGAUGUCCAGUCCAAGGCCAGACGACUGUUGAUGAACACAUUUGGAGUCUAUCAGUGCUCCAUCCAACUUCAGAGUUACAGGCAAGAAGAGAGCAAACCUUGUGCAAACUGUCAGAGCUCCAGUGCCUAAUUUUCCACACUUUUGGUAGGGGUAGGGGGCUUGCUGCCUUAUACUUUUAUGCAGCCAAAAGACCACAAAGCAAUAAAUGCAGGAUUUACGAAUAGGAUGGGAAUCCUUCUAGGUCUGGAGUUGUCUUGGCACUCAGUGUGACAAGAAAGAUGAACUGGCUAAAGCACUGGGCUAGAAUAAUGAAGAUGAAUACUCACCCUUCCUCUCUCACUGUUAAUUUUUGGUAAGGUUUUCUUGCCAAUGUAUUUUUUUCCAACAGGUUGUUUACAGAUCACAUUAUGGUUGGGCAGAUAUUUUCUAUGUGGCCAUUUGUUAACCGUCUAACAAUACUUGCCUACCCUCCCAAAGGGCAUCAGGAAUUAACUACUUGAGUCUAAAUAGAGUUGACAAGGUCUAUCAUGUCCAUAAUCUAUUAAGUUAAUGAUCUUUGAACUGGUUACACAGUAUUUUCCCCAUUACAAAAACAGACAGGUUUCAGUACCUUGCUUAAAAAGAUGCUGCAGGGAAAACACAAACCCUUCAUACAAACUUGAAUAUGUAUUGGGACAUAUAGCUUUUACAGUAACCAGUCUUGGAAAAUGUAGCUUUAAAAUUAUAAACUAUAAAAGGUCUUUAGCCAAGACAAGCUACUGAUUGUUUAACUGAAGACUUUGGGGCUGGAUCCACCCUAUGUGCAAAUAUCAAUAGUCUUUUAUAACGUUCAGCAAAGGACUUCUACCAUAGAAAAGUAUAUAUUUAAUUUCUUCAAAUCUAUAUGGUUGGCUCUUGAGACAAUUUUUACUGAUCAUCUUGAAUAUCUAAUGUUUUAAGCUGCUCCAAGAAACCAUUUGGUUAGUAUGGCUCUUAAAUCUAGUAAAUGAAUAUGCUGUAGAACUGAUUGAUUUGCUUCACUGAAAGAGAAGGGGCCCUUCUAGAAACUGCAUCAAAUGUAAAGAUCAAAUCAGUAGACAUAAUAUAGACAUUCUGGAAAUAAAAGAACCAAGACUUUGGAUACGCUGCAGUCCCUAAAGCUCAGAAUUCAGAGUCUGGGCUCCAUUUCUUCUUUGCAUUUCCUUCCAACAAAUUUGUGGCUUUUGCAUGAUGAUGUGCUGAAGUGUGCUAGUGAAAUGUUAGUGAUUUGGUGAACUGUCCUCCCUUUCUGUCAAACAGGGGAGCACACCCACUGCCUUUUCCCCCUUAUCUAGUGAUCUACAAGUAAAAUUUUCCUUUCUAAUCUGUGUGCUGAAUCGCAGGCCUUGAUAACCGCAUUGCAGGCACCAAAUUAUUGGGUUUUUCUUCAUUUUGAGCAUGGAGAAGAGGGAAACUGAAGGAAAGCCAGCAUAAAACAGCGGUGUUGCAUUUGGAUAAUAGAUAAUCCAAAACCAGACUGGACAUAGAUUUUAAUGUUGAACCAAAAACACCAGGAUUUGGCCUCAUUUUCUUUGCUUUUACACCACUUUGAUUACUCUAAAGAGAACUCCAACAUGAACUAAGAUUUUGCUGUAUAAGUUUUGACUAUACUUUUUGGCUAAGUCUGCUAGUUUUGGCCUUCAGCUAUGAAAUCCGAGGCAAUCAACUUUGAAAAUGUAGCUAGAAACAUUUUAUUUUCUUCCUAAAUGUUUGCAUCAGUUGCAAUUAGAGCUAAAAAAGAUAGUUCCAGAUUAUCACAACUGACAACAGAAAUACAUAUCAGUGUUACCAAUUGCCAGCAUAUUUUGACUAACUGGAUAUUUAGGACAUAUAGUUAGAAAUCAGUAUCCUUCAUAAUGUGAUUUUUGUAAUAUUUUAAUCUUCUGAUGAGGGCUUUUAAAAAUUAUUAUAUGAAGGCAUAUUGGAUAAUUAUUUAGAACAUACCUUUUAAAAAGAAAAAUCAAUUAUUUCAUAUAAACUGUGCCAUAAUACUGCAUUUUAAAGCUAUCAUUUGAUGAAAAGCAAACUCAUAUGAUGUAUGUUGGUAGUUGGUACCUAAAUCAAACUACACUGAUGCCCACUUGGUGGAUUUCUGGUGUCAUUUGUAAUUGGGACUGGCCAAUACUUCUCCCCUUGUGCCCAUCCUAAGUCAAAAUUGCAGUAUUAGUUUGAGCAAAGUGCACUAUAUUAUAUAUAUUUUUUCUUCCAAAAGAGAAGUGGAAAUUCUACAAAGCAGUAUAUUUGCAUUUCCAGCUCUGAGGUGAGAGCUAGGAUCUUUGGAAACCUGUUGUGUUUGCUACAUUACAAUAUAACACAAAGCCAUAUCACAGUUUGUGAACAAUUUCUGUAUCCCUUCUAUAUGACCUUUCUGGAAGUCAGGUAUUUUUGCACACAAUGGAUAUUCAUAAUGGAUAUUUCAUGAAGCUAGGGUUUACAGUACACCCAAUUAGAAACUUGGUUUUUGGUAGAUCUGUACUGUACUUGGGAGUUUUAAAAUUGUAAUUAUAUCCUAUAUAUUUGUUUAAUGAAACAAAUGUGUUGCUUUACUGUGGAUUUAUUAAAUCAGUUAUUAAACUGCCCCUUUAUGUAUA